CCGGCGGGGCUCGGCAUGAGGCUGGCGCGGCUGCUGCGCGGAGCCGCCUCGACCGGCCCGGGCCCCGGGCUGCGCGCCCCCCGCCCUGGCGCCAGCCGCAGCCUCACCUCGGACUCGGGCUCGGGCCCGGCGCCCGAACGCGGCAUUCCGGGCCAAGUGGACUUCUACGCGCGCUUCUCGCCGUCCCCGCUCUCUAUGAAGCAGUUCCUGGACUUCGGAUCCGUGAAUGCUUGUGAAAAGACCUCAUUUAUGUUUCUGCGGCAAGAGUUGCCUGUUAGAUUGGCAAAUAUAAUGAAAGAAAUAAGUCUUCUUCCAGAUAAUCUUCUCAGGACUCCCUCAGUUCAAUUGGUACAAAGCUGGUAUAUCCAGAGUCUUCAAGAGCUUCUUGAUUUUAAGGACAAAAGUGCUGAAGAUGCUAAAACUAUUUAUGACUUUACAGACACCGUGAUACGGAUCAGGAACCGACACAAUGACGUUAUUCCCACGAUGGCCCAGGGUGUGAUUGAGUACAAGGAGAGCUUCGGGGUGGAUCCUGUCACCAGCCAGAAUGUUCAAUACUUUUUGGAUCGUUUCUACAUGAGUCGCAUUUCAAUUCGAAUGUUGCUGAAUCAGCACUCUUUAUUGUUUGGUGGGAAAGGCAAAGGAAGCCCAUCUCAUCGAAAACACAUUGGAAGCAUAAAUCCGAACUGCAAUGUAAUUGAAGUUAUUAAAGAUGGCUAUGAAAAUGCUAGGCGUCUGUGUGAUUUGUAUUAUAUUAACUCUCCCGAACUAGAACUUGAAGAACUGAAUGCAAAAUCACCAGGACAGCCAAUACAAGUGGUUUAUGUACCAUCCCAUCUCUAUCACAUGGUGUUUGAACUUUUCAAGAAUGCAAUGAGAGCAACGAUGGAACAUCACGCUGACAAAGGUGUCUACCCACCUAUUCAAGUCCAUGUCACACUGGGUAAUGAGGAUUUGACUGUGAAGAUGAGUGACCGAGGAGGUGGUGUUCCUUUGAGGAAAAUUGACAGACUCUUCAACUACAUGUACUCAACCGCACCCCGGCCUCGAGUGGAGACGUCCCGAGCGGUGCCUCUGGCUGGUUUUGGUUAUGGAUUGCCCAUAUCACGACUUUAUGCACAAUACUUCCAAGGAGACCUAAAGCUGUAUUCCCUAGAGGGUUAUGGGACAGAUGCAGUGAUCUACAUUAAGAUGUCUUCUGACUCUGAUUUGACGGCAAUUUUUGUGACCUUCCUUCAUGGCACCUAUUUUAUAGGAAAUGCUGAAGAUUUUAUAUUGGAAAAAAUAAAUUUGUCUGAAAAAGUUAAAUUCUUUCAAGAUAAUAGUUCUUUUUUUUAACCAUCUCAAUUUUGAGGAACUUAAAAAGGGCAACAUGAAGGCAAUAUUUUUAUCACCAAAUGUAACAUUUUUGAUCCAGCCAAUAGAUCAAGGGGUUCUGGUAGUUCUGACAUAUUUAAAGAGAAUAUAUAAGUGAAAGGUUUUUAGUUCCAUUUUGGAAAAAAUAGAAGAUGGAAAGUCUUAAAGUAUCAUUAAAAUCAUCAACAUCAAAGACCUUCCUUACCAUUAUUGGAAUGAAAUUUCCAGUUCAAUAUUUUGUACAUCUUGGGAAAUGCCUGUGGCUUAAGGUUGAAAUCCUGCUGAAAUAUCCUAACUUGGAGAAGAUAAUGGGGAACGUAGUUUAUCUCAGAUUCCGGUGAUUUUCAGGAAGCUGAAACAGAUCAGUGAAUGAAUGGUGAUGAUAUGUUGGGAACAUGGAAUGAUGCAUGAUGCAGAAAUCACAUAUGCGCUCACUGAAACAGGUGGCUCUAAUGGCAGGAGAAGACGCGGCUCAAAUCCGGGGCCAAGAAUUGUUCCAGCAAAAGUCAAGAUGCCUUGGACAUAGUUUUAUAUGUAUUGAUCAUAAUAGCGUUAUGAUGACUCUUUUAAAGUACAGUGACUGUACUGAAAAAAAGUAUUUCUUCAAUGAAUAAUUAAAAUAGAUUUCAUUAAAUGAUUGUGCAAUUACA